AUGACGAGCGAGGAGUGUCCCGUGCCGCUUGGGGGCGUGUCCCCGGCAGGGCUGGGGCUGUGUGAGGACUACAGUUCGGCGCAAGCUGAUGACAUCAUGGAGGAGGUGGGGCCAGGGGAUGAGGUCAGUAUCGGCAGUGACCUAAGCACGCUCGUGGUGCCCUUCCCAGAGCUGGCACCUGUGGUCUUCUUCUGCCUCAAGCAGACAACCUGCCCUCGCAACUGGUGCAUCCGCAUGGUGUCGAGCCCGUGGUUUGAGAGGAUUAGCAUCAUGGUGAUCCUGCUCAACUGUGUGACACUGGGCAUGUACCAACCCUGUGAGAACAUCGACUGCACCUCUGACCGCUGCCAGAUCCUGCAGGCCUUCGAUGCGUUCAUUUACAUUUUCUUUGCACUGGAGAUGGUGGUGAAGAUGGUGGCUCUGGGGAUCUUUGGACGGCGGUGUUAUCUGGGCGAUACCUGGAAUAGACUGGACUUCUUUAUUGUCAUGGCUGGUAUGGUGGAGUACUCACUGGACCUCCAGAACAUCAACCUGUCGGCCAUCAGGACGGUGCGGGUCCUUCGACCCCUCAAGGCUAUCAACAGAGUGCCCAGUAUGCGUAUCUUGGUGAAUCUGCUGCUAGACACCCUGCCCAUGCUAGGCAAUGUGCUGCUGCUCUGCUUCUUUGUCUUCUUUAUCUUUGGCAUCAUCGGAGUGCAGCUGUGGGCAGGGCUUCUGAGGAACCGCUGCUACCCAGAGGAGAACUUCACCCUUUCUUCAGGUAUGACCCUGCCGGCUCCCUACUACCAGCCAGAGGAAGACGACGAACGUCCCUUUAUCUGUUCACUCGUCGCUGACAAUGGCAUCAUGUCAUGCACUGAUGUGCCAGCACGGCGCGAAGGAGGCCACACCUGCUGUCUGGAUAAGGAGGAUGCGCUACACAGGCAGGCACUGGGUCUGGCGCCUGAGCACCUGUCGAACGGCAGCGGUGCUGGCGGAGCAAUGGGUCUGUGCAUCAACUGGAACCAGUAUUAUACUCGUUGUCACACUGGGAGCAGCAACCCUCACAAGGGUGCCAUCAACUUUGACAACAUAGUCUACGCCUGGAUUGUCAUUUUUCAGGUGAUCACCCUGGAAGGAUGGGUGGAGAUCAUGUACUACGUGAUGGACGCCCACUCUUUCUACAAUUUCAUCUACUUCAUCUUCCUAAUCAUCAUCGGUUCAUUCUUCAUGAUCAACCUGUGCCUGGUGGUUAUCGCCACCCAGUUCUCUGAGACCAAGCAGCGGGAGCACCAGCUGAUGCAGGAGCAGAGGGCACAGUGCCUCUCCUCCUCCACCCUGGCCAGCAUGGCAGAGCCAGGGGACUGCUAUGAGGAAAUCUUCCAGCUGGUGUGCCAUGUCCUCCGCAAGGCCAAGAGGAGAUCGGUCGCACUUUACUACACACUGAGGGGCAAGCCACCACCAUCCGGUGGGGGCAGGGGGAACAGGCGGGGAGGCGGAGGAGGAGGCAAUACAAACGGUGACCGGCAUCAUUCAAGGCAGCUGAGAUUAUCCCACUGUCCGCACAAAAGUAAGACGGAGCAUGGCUCCGAGCCGCUGGCCAACUCUAUCACCCUGUCUGUCAGCCAGAGCCCCGAGGACUGCGCCCUGUGUGUGCUGUCACUCCAAGAGGGAGCAGGAGCUGCGGGAGGUUCCUCCAACAGGGAAGACGAGGAGGCGGUGGAAGAGACAGACAGGGAGGAGAACCACAUAGACGAGAGGGCAAAGACCAGGAGGACGUGCAUAGGACUUUGUAAGGAUGUCUGGGAUGAAAUGCGGAGGAAACUUUGGGGCAUCGUGGAGAGCAAAUAUUUCAGCAGGGGGAUUAUGAUUGCCAUUCUCAUCAACACCAUCAGUAUGGGCAUCGAGCACCACAACCAGCCCGAAGAGCUUACCAACGUGUUGGAGAUCUGUAACAUCGUCUUCACCAGCAUGUUCACUCUGGAAAUGAUCCUCAAGCUGACUGCCUUUGGGUUUUUCGACUAUCUGAGGAAUCCCUACAACAUCUUCGAUGGCAUCAUCGUCAUCAUCAGUGUGUGUGAGAUAAUCGGGCAGGCAGAUGGAGGUCUGUCGGUGCUGAGGACCUUCAGGCUGUUGAGGGUCAUUAAGCUGGUGAGGUUCAUGCCCGCCCUGAGGAGACAACUGGUUGUGCUGAUGAAGACCAUGGACAACGUAGCCACCUUCUGCAUGCUCCUCAUGCUCUUCAUCUUCAUCUUUAGUAUCCUGGGGAUGCACAUCUUUGGCUGUAAGUUCAGUUUGAAGACAGAGGCUGGAGACACGGUGCCCGACAGGAAGAACUUCGACUCUCUUCUCUGGGCCAUUGUCACUGUCUUCCAGAUUCUCACCCAGGAAGACUGGAACAUGGUGCUGUACAACGGCAUGGCCUCCACCUCCCCGUGUGCCGCCCUCUACUUCGUUGCUCUCAUGACCUUUGGCAACUACGUCCUCUUCAAUCUGCUUGUUGCCAUCUUGGUCGAGGGCUUCCAGGCCGAGGGGGAUGCCAACCGGUCUUACUCAGACGAUGACAGAUCUUCCUGUAACUUUGAGGAGGGUGACAAGCAGAAAGACUCGCUGCAUCUCUCAGACCCAAAGAUCAGUACUCUGACUCCCAAUGGAUACCUGGACCUGCCGCCAGUGCCCACUGGUCUUUAUGCCGGGGAGAGGUUGACCUUUGCCCUGGGCUCCAGGAAAAGCAGUGUCAUCUCCCUGGGCCGGGCCAACCUGGAGCAAAGGGCUGUGUAUUCAGGCCAAAGUUACCACAAGUGGGGCCAUCCACUGCCCCCACAUUCUCAUGCACUGUGGGCACGUCGCUCCAGCUGGAACAGCUUGGGAGGAGGCCGCCCCUGCUCCUCUUCCUCCCCAACUCCUACCCCUACCCCCACCUUGCCAAGGCCCCUCUAUGGUUACGGCCUGGGGGGUCUAGGUGGGGUUGUUGGGGGUAGUCUCCGUGUCCGGGGCCCCCGGGCCUCCUCCUCCCCACAUCAUCACCUAUACCACAUCCACCCAGAUGAGGAAGAGUCCCUCCUCUCCCCACCCCCCUUAGCCCCCCGCCCUCUCCAUCUCCCCCCACCUGUGCUUCCGGGCCAUUUUGUGCCCAGGCGAGACCGUAGGGCUCUCUCGCUAGAGCUGCCCCACCUGCUGCAGAUCCCAGGACCCCCACACCCUAAGCCACCACCCCAUCACCACCACACACUGCCCCCCAUGAUGCUCCACGCUCAGCCCAGGAAGAAGAGCUUCUCAGGGGGCAUGCUCAUCAGUGGUGGUGGUGGUGACCCUAGAAGUCUAGUGGGGGAGCACCAGGACUGCAAUGGGAAGACCCCACUGUCACAGCUUCUCCAGCCCCCAUUGAGAAACUUGCCAGUUGGGCAGGCUGGAAGGGGGAACCCCCAGAACCCACUGUUGGCUGAAGUCUUCCCCCAGGUCAACACACGCAACAAGGACCAGGAGGACCUAGAUGAUGAAACUGACUAUAGCCUCUGUUUUCGAAUCCAGAAGAUGUUGGAGGUGUACAGACCGAUGUGGUGCGAGACCAGAGAGGACUGGUCUGUCUUCCUUUUCUCCCCGCAGAACAGGUUUAGACAGAUGUGUCAGUCCAUCAUAGCCCACAAGCUGUUUGACUAUGUGGUUCUGGCCUUCAUCUUCUCCAACUGUAUCACUGUGGCUCUGGAGAGACCCAAGAUACUGCAGGGCAGCCUGGAAAGAGUCUUUCUGACCGUGUCCAACUACAUCUUCACUGCCAUCUUUGUCGGGGAGAUGACACUAAAGGUGGUUUCCAUGGGUCUGUACAUAGGGGACCAGGCUUACCUACGCAGCAGCUGGAACAUUUUGGAUGGCUUCCUGGUUUUUGUGUCGUUGAUCGACAUUGUGGUGUCCAUGGCAGGCGGAGCCAAGAUCCUGGGCGUGCUCAGAGUGCUCCGAUUGCUUAGGACACUGCGCCCCCUCAGGGUGAUCAGCAGAGCUCCGGGUCUGAAGCUGGUAGUGGAGACCCUCAUCACCUCUCUCAAACCAAUUGGCAACAUUGUCCUCAUCUGUUGUGCGUUCUUCAUCAUCUUUGGCAUCCUUGGGGUACAGCUGUUCAAAGGCAAGUUCUUCUACUGCUUUGGUGCCGACGUGAAGAAUGUCACCAACAAGUCAGACUGUCUGCAAGCCAACUACAAGUGGGUCCACCACAAAUACAACUUUGACAACCUGGGACAGGCUCUGAUGUCCCUGUUCGUGCUGGCCUCCAAAGAUGGUUGGGUCAACAUCAUGUACCAUGGGCUGGAUGCAGUAGGGGUGGACCAACAGCCGGUGAUCAACAACAACCCCUGGAUGCUGCUGUACUUCAUCUCAUUCCUCCUCAUCGUCAGCUUCUUUGUCCUCAACAUGUUUGUGGGCGUGGUGGUGGAGAACUUCCACAAGUGUCGCCAGCACCAAGAGGUGGAAGAGGCCAAGCGCCGUGAGGAGAAACGGCAGCGGCGCAUGGAGAAAAAGAGGAGGAAGGCCCAGAAACUGCCCUACUAUUCCAGCUACAGCCACGUGCGUCUCAUGAUACACACACUGUGCACCAACCACUACCUGGACCUCAUCAUCACCUUCAUCAUCUGCAUCAAUGUCAUCACCAUGUCGCUGGAGCACUACAACCAACCCCAUUCUCUGGAUCUGGCUCUUAAGUACUGUAACUAUUUCUUCACCUCCACGUUCGUGCUGGAGGCAGUCCUCAAACUCAUUGCUUUCGGUUUCCGCCGCUUCUUCAAAGACAGGUGGAACCAGCUAGACCUGGCGAUAGUGCUGCUGUCAGUGAUGGGCAUUAUCCUGGAGGAGAUUGAGAUCAGUGCUGCCCUGCCCAUUAACCCAACCAUCAUCAGGAUCAUGAGGGUGCUCCGGAUAGCACGAGUUCUGAAGCUUCUGAAGAUGGCUACGGGAAUGAGAGCCCUCCUAGACACUGUUGUCCAAGCCCUGCCGCAGGUGGGUAACCUGGGCCUGCUCUUCAUGCUGCUGUUCUUCAUCUACGCUGCCUUGGGGGUAGAGCUGUUUGGAGAACUGGUGUGUAACGAGGACUACCCAUGUGAGGGUAUGAGUCGUCACGCCACCUUUGAGAACUUUGGCAUGGCCUUCCUUACUUUGUUCCAAGUCUCCACAGGCGACAACUGGAACGGCAUCAUGAAGGAUACGUUGCGGGAGUGCCCGCCGGACCACGCCACCGACGUGGACUACGCCUGCAACCCCAGCCUUCAGUUCAUCUCGCCCAUGUACUUUGUCUCCUUUGUGCUCACCGCCCAGUUCGUGCUCAUCAAUGUGGUGGUGGCCGUGCUGAUGAAGCACCUGGACGACUCCAACAAGGAGGCCAAAGAGGAGGCGGAGAUGGACGCGGAAAUUGAGCUGGAGCUGGCCCAGGGCACCCUCUGCUGCAUGGGCGCCCCCGGCUGCGGGGGUGGGGCAGGGGAGAAGGGAGGAUUGGCCACCGUGGGAGGAGGAAGAGGAGACGUUCCAGAGGGACGCAUUAAGCAGAGAGGAGGGGCAGGGGGAGAGAGGGGAGAAGGGCCGAGGAGGAUGUGUCACAUGGCCACCACGCACCCGGGCCCACACAACUCUACUGACUCCAGCCAGGAGCUGUACUCACCGGCACAGGAAAGCCAGUGGCUGGACAGCUUGUCUCUACUGAUCAAGGACACGUUGGAGGGGGACAUGCUGAUGAUUGACAACCUGUCCGGCUCGGUCUUCCACCACUACUCCUCCCCUCUGCCCGUCUGCAAGACCUGCAAGGUGCGCACUCAAGAGCAGAUCAGGAUGGCAGAGAUUGAGCAGGCGUCGUUGCGGUCGGAGCAGCUUUCAGACAAGUCCUCAUCCCCCGCCCUGCCAGAUGACCUCAGCCUGGAUGAACACACUGUGUAUCAGCUGCUGGCACGAGAGGGCAAGGGAAGGGACAGCAGUGACUCCCACAGCUCUGAGGAGGCUGGCGUCGGUGGCAGUUGUGAGGGGAGCCACAAGACCAUGGCCCAGGCCCAGACGGGCCUCGAUCAGCCCUGCCUCGCCCUCAGCUCUGCGGUUGAGAAGGACGUAGCACUGCUGGAGAUGGAGGUGCAGACAAACCAGCAGCAUGAAAAUCCACCACGUAAGAGCCCCAGUUGGGUUUCCAGCAACAGUAACGAGGAGAGGACCGCUGAGGGACAGGAGAGAGGGGGAGGAGCCAGCAGCGUUUCUCCUCUUUUCCGUCUGCCUGCAGAGUUUUUUCACCCUGCAGCUUCAGCUAUCCCAGCUCCUCCACGCACUAAUAGCCUGCGCCUGUCCAGGGGCCUGAGGCUGACCUCCCCUGCUUCCUGGGACUCCCUUCGCUCCCCAGGAGCCCACAGCAAGAUGCUCAGCACACGGUACCCAUCACACAGUGACUCAUCCCUGGCUACAGGAAGCUCUGAGGGCAGCCUCCAGACCACCCUGGAAGAGGGGCUCAGCUUCAGCAUCUCUCCCCCUCAGAACCUGGAUCUGCCAUUGCCCAUAGCUUCCUCACCUCUGCUAUGUCCUGUCCUGAUGCCCGAGGACAGUACUACCAUUUGCUCCCCGGACCAGAACUUAUGUCUCAGACCCAGCCCCUCAUCUGCCCUGACUCUCCAGGCUACAAGGGGCCACCAGCGGAGCCAGAGCAGCGGCCGAGGAAGCACGAGCCCAGGCUACACCCGUGAUGACUCCAUCGACCCCUCCGAUGAAGACCUGGGCAUAGGUAUCGGCUCAUCAAUUGGAGGCUGUGGUUCCAGCCAGGCGGGCAACAGUGAACACUUGUCAGAGACACUGAGCAGCCUGUCUCUGACCUCACUGCUAUCACCCAGCUGCCUGGUGCCCCCUGGAGGGGCAGUGAAAAAAUGCAACAGUACUGGUAGCCUAGACCAAGGCGGGAUGCUUCUGUCAUCACGGGGCAGGGAGGCCCGCAGGGGGAUUCUGGGCCUGGAGCUGAUGGACCCCCAGGGAUUUCUGGCCAACCCUUGGACGGUUGUAGUGGGGGAGAGAAGGCGAGCAGGAGGAGGGGAAAAGGGUGAUGGGGAGGAGGGGCCCAAAGGGAAGAGCUCAAGUCAAACGACGGUUGGACCCUGUCGGAAAACCAGAUGA